AUGACUCCAUCUUAUCUCAAACGAGAGAGAGCGAGAGGUGGUGGCCAACAAACCAACUGGUUUCGCUAUGAGUGUAGUGCAUUAGAACUUGAAGUUUAUCACAGUUCGGAACGCGCCGUUAACGGUAACACACGUCUAUGCCGAAAUUCGUCAAGUGACAGUAGAACAAAAGCAGUGACAGUGCAAAAUAGAAUCAUCCAUAAUAACAGUGAAAUCAAUAUGUCAAGUGUACAAGUGCAACAGCAGCACAUAUCUCGGUUUUUAACCAACAACAAUAACCAUUCGAGUCCUCUGAAACAGGAAUAUCAAAGUGAUAAUAAUACAAGUGCGUCGCUAUCGCCUCCGCGUACAAUUAAUUCACCACAAUCGGCGAAUUCACCACAGAGUAAUUACACACUUAGCCCCUUGCCGGUGGAUAAUAAUCAACCACUGCCGCUUAUUCAACAACAAUCACAACAACAACAACAACUUCGGCCAUCACAACAACUUCCUCUUCCCGCAUCAAUGAUUGGGGGAGUAUUGCCCCCACCGCCUUUGGUACCAUUACCGCCGGAAGCAUGCGAAUCAUCGGGUUAUGACAGUUAUAGCCAUCAUCAAGGAUACAUGAAUCGCAUGACAGCACCAUUUACACAAACUUCACCGCCGCCGCCAGUUGCAAGUGUAAAAAAGUCAUUUUGUAUUGAUGCACUUUUGGCGAAAAAUCAAAGUGAUGCAGAGAAUGGAGGAAAGGAUCCAAGGAUGAUGAUGCUACCAACGAGAGGACAUGGAGAUUUACCAGUAGCACCAAUAAGCGAGCAAGAAGCUCUAAGACGGAUACACGAAAGUCGAGAUCAGUAUGGAACACCAAGUCCCGACGGAAUGUCAAGAUCAGAAUCUCCAACCUCAUCACACCGUUCCAGCCCUCCAAUCAGUCCAGGCUGCGAAGAUCAACAUCACAUAAGCAUGCGAAUGGAUUUUCAUGAUGAAUUCAAAAAACCAAUACCCCCACACAGCCCAAUAAGACCACAAGACUUUCCCCUCUAUGCCGGUGGACAUCCCUACCAAUUGUUAGCUCAAGGAGGAUCGGCAUUUCAUCGACCUUUGGAUCCAUCUGGUAAGCCCAUUCCGCUCCCCAUGGGUCAUAGUUUUGUGCAAUCUCACCUGCCAUUUGAAUUCCUUGCCCGUGCCGGUAUGCUGCAUCAUAGGAUACCCGAAUUAGCAGCAUAUCCACAUCAUGCAAUUUUGGGUAAAACAAGAAGACCACGAACGGCAUUCACAUCCCAACAGCUGCUCGAGCUGGAAAAACAAUUUAAACAAAAUAAAUAUCUCUCAAGACCGAAACGUUUUGAAGUUGCCAGUGGUUUAAUGUUGUCUGAGACACAGGUUAAAAUUUGGUUCCAAAAUCGUCGAAUGAAAUGGAAACGUUCAAAAAAAGCCCAACAAGAAGCUAAAGAACGUUCAAAGGCUUCAUCGAAUAACAUUGCUAGUUAGUUCGGUUUCGCGAAAUAAAAACUGUUAUCGGGAAUAGCUUUUACAAGUAUAACCGUAAAUCUAGUCAGACUUUUCAGUCACAUUACGCUCGUGACAACAGAAACAAGAUAAAUAUUUUUAAUUUCAGUUAAAGUUCAUUGCGAAUUUAUUUUGAGACAAAAAUAAUAAUUUAUUUGAGUUGUGAAUAAUUCGCAUAAUAAAUUAUUAUAAUUUAUGUUGAAGUCAUUUUUUUUUUUUUAUUCCAUUUUAUGUUUAUUGUUCUGUUUUAGAGAAUUGAAUGUAGGUACCUUAAAAAAUAAUUAUUGUAAAUACUUUAAACGAAUUAUGUAUAUGUAUGAUUAAGAUACCCGCUAUGUGUGAUACGUGAGUAAUAAUAAAA